GUCCUUCGCUUGACCGUUGAUUACUUUCGCGCUUUGUUUUUAGGUUUUUAACCGCGUUGUAUUGUUCAUAAAGUUUAUUUGUAAUUAGUGUGCAAGAUAUAAAAACGUUAAUUAGAGCAGUUUCCAUUCAGUACUUGAAGGUAUUUUAGAUAUUGAAUAAUGUCUGCCGACGACUCUACAGAAGGUGGAGCUGAGACUUCUAACACAAGGGAUGAGGGCGACAAUUCGGAAUUGGGACAAAAUGAAUCUUCUUCUGACGCUACCUCAAAAGGAGAAGAAUUUGAUAUGAAAGUUGCAUCUGACAGAUCAAAAAGAUUCGAUUUCCUGUUAAAACAGACAGAGAUUUUUUCACAUUUCAUGAAUCAAUCAAAAACUCCUACAAAACCGAAAACCGGUCGGCCCAAGAAAGAAAAACCGCCAGAAACUACAGUAGAUUUGAGACACAGGAAAACAGAACAAGAAGAGGAUGAAGAGCUUUUGGCAGAGACUAACCAAAAAACGAAGCCGACAACGAGAUUCGAUCAAUCACCGUUUUACAUAAAGAACGGAGAAAUGAGAGAUUAUCAAGUUCGCGGUUUAAACUGGAUGAUAUCCCUUUACGAAAACGGCAUUAAUGGAAUUUUGGCCGAUGAGAUGGGUUUGGGUAAAACCCUGCAGACCAUAUCGCUGCUGGGUUUCAUGAAACAUUACAAGAACGUUCCCGGGCCCCACAUAGUCAUCGUUCCAAAGUCUACUCUGUCCAAUUGGAUGGCGGAAUUCAAAAAAUGGUGUCCAACUUUACGGGCCGUUUGCUUGAUAGGCGAUCAGGAAGCUAGAAACACUUUUAUCAGGGAUGUCUUGAUGCCGGGCGAAUGGGACGUUUGUGUAACCUCUUACGAAAUGUGCAUCAAAGAAAAAUCUGUUUUCAAGAAAUUUAACUGGCGUUAUAUGGUCAUCGAUGAAGCUCAUCGUAUUAAAAAUGAAAAAUCCAAACUUUCCGAAAUUCUCAGGGAAUUUAAAACUACUAACAGGCUUCUUCUAACGGGUACACCUUUGCAAAAUAAUCUACACGAGCUUUGGGCCCUUUUGAAUUUUCUCUUACCCGAUGUAUUCAAUUCGGCCGACGAUUUCGAUGCUUGGUUUAAUACAAAUCAAUGUCUCGGCGACAACGAACUCAUCGAACGUCUCCACGCCGUCUUGAAGCCCUUCCUGCUGCGAAGGUUGAAAUCUGAGGUCGAAAAGAGACUCAAACCGAAGAAAGAGAUGAAAGUUUACGUCGGUUUGAGUAAAAUGCAAAGAGAAUGGUACACGAAGGUACUGAUGAAAGAUAUAGACAUCGUCAACGGCGCUGGAAAGGUUGAGAAAAUGCGAUUGCAAAAUAUUCUCAUGCAAUUGAGAAAGUGUACCAAUCACCCGUAUUUAUUCGACGGUGCUGAACCCGGUCCACCUUAUACGACAGAUGAACACCUAGUGUACAACUGCGGUAAAAUGGUUCUCUUGGACAAACUUCUACCUAAGCUGAGGGAACAGGAUUCUCGUGUGCUUAUUUUCUCUCAGAUGACGCGUAUGCUGGACAUUUUAGAAGACUACUGUCACUGGAGACAGUUUCAGUAUUGUCGAUUGGACGGUCAGACACCUCACGAAGACAGACAGAGGCAAAUAAACGAAUUUAACGAAGACGACAGUAAGAAAUUUAUUUUCAUGUUGUCGACAAGAGCCGGUGGUUUGGGUAUUAAUUUAGCCACGGCAGAUGUUGUUAUCAUUUACGAUUCCGACUGGAAUCCCCAAAUGGACUUGCAGGCUAUGGACAGAGCGCAUAGAAUCGGUCAGAAAAAACAAGUAAGAGUAUUCAGGUUCAUUACGGAGAAUACAGUGGAAGAAAAAAUUGUGGAAAGAGCCGAAGUUAAGUUGAGGCUGGACAAAUUGGUUAUUCAACAAGGUCGAUUGGCCGACUCCAAGGGGCAAACGUUGAACAAAGACGAAAUGUUGAACAUGAUUCGUCACGGAGCCAAUCACGUAUUCGCUUCAAGAGAUUCAGAAAUUACCGAGGAAGAUAUAGACACCAUAUUAGAAAAAGGCGAGGCCAAGACAGCCCAACUUGCUCAGAAAUUGGAAUCGCUCGGUGAAUCAUCUCUUCGUAACUUCACCGUGGAUACUCCAACCGAAUCGGUUUAUCAAUUCGAAGGAGAAGACUAUCGGGAGAAACAAAAAACAAUAGGUAUCAGUAACUGGAUCGAACCGCCUAAGCGAGAGCGAAAGGCCAAUUAUGCAGUCGAUGCGUACUUUAGAGAAGCUUUGAGGGUAUCGGAACCUAAAGCUCCCAAAGCUCCUAGACCACCUAAACAACCUAUCGUGCAAGAUUUUCAAUUUUUCCCGCCGAGAUUGUUCGAGCUGUUGGACCAAGAGAUAUACUAUUACAGGAAAUCCUUGGGAUAUAAGGUACCAAAAAAUUUGGAGUUGGGACCGGACGCUACGAAGCAACAGAAAGAAGAACAACGGAAAAUCGAUGAAUCCGAACCGUUAACUGAGGACGAACAACAAGAAAAAGAAACGUUGCUCACGCAAGGUUUCACUAAUUGGAGUAAACGCGAUUUUAAUCAAUUUAUUAAAGCCAACGAGAAGUACGGAAGGGACGAUAUCGAAAAUAUUGCCAAAGACGUCGAAGGAAAGUCACCCGAAGAAGUUAUGGAGUAUUCCGCAGUGUUUUGGGAAAGGUGUCACGAAUUGCAGGACAUCGACAGAAUAAUGGCCCAAAUCGAAAGAGGUGAAGCGAAAAUUCAGCGACGAGCGAGCAUUAAAAAAGCUUUAGACGCCAAAAUGGCAAGAUAUCGAGCUCCGUUCCAUCAAUUGAGAAUCUCCUACGGAACGAACAAAGGAAAGAAUUACAUGGAAGAAGAAGAUCGUUUUCUAGUGUGCAUGCUUCACAAGCUCGGCUUCGAUCGGGAGAACGUGUACGAAGAGCUCCGGGCGGCCGUUCGGGCUUCGCCGCAAUUCCGCUUCGACUGGUUCCUGAAAUCGCGAACGGCCAUGGAGUUGCAAAGGAGAUGCAACACGUUGAUCACUCUGAUAGAACGCGAAAACGCCGAAUUGGAGGAACGGGAGAAGAACGAAAAGAAGAAGAAAAAUCCGAAAUCUUCGAACGUUGUCGGUACGCCCACAUUGUUGGGCUCCAAGUCGUCGCAGAAGAGGAAGAACGAUAGCUCAGGCGGUAGUGUCGAUAAGAAAAAGAAGAAAAAAUAGCAUACUUACGUUCCAUUCGUAAUUAAUAGUUAACAGUUGAUAGUAUGAUUGUCCCGAGAGUUUAUACUGCUUUAGUGUAAUUUAAUAUAGAAAACGUAAUUCGUAUUUAUUACAAAUUAGUUGGUAUACUUGUAUGGAUGCUUGAAAGUUAAGAUUUUAUAUAUUGUGACCCUAAAUGCGGGUCAAAUGAAAAAGUGAUGCUCUUCAUAAUUUUGACCUAAAGCAAGUAUUAAGUGCAUGUGUUGAUCGUCUUUUAAGAAAUAUUCCGGCAUUUUAUCAUAUUUCCUGUAUUUAAUUUUUUGAAACAAGUUGUAUUAAAUUGAAGAAUGUUUCAUUUACAGUAAAUUUGUAGUCUUUUUGGUGAGG